AAAAUGACUAAACAUCAAUGCAGAGGGUUACAGUAUCAAAUGUACAAGGUUUUGGAUCCAAGAAACACGAUAACCAAAACGAGUGUAGUGAAACCGCAAUAAAAUAACCUAUCAAAAACGAGUCAUCAAUGUAAAUGACACUAGAUAUCGGAAAUAUUAUUUCCUUUUUAGGAAAAGUCGGUUUUAUAAAUUAUAUGAUCUAAAAAUAGAUUGAUGUCCUUUCCUGAAAAUAACAUGUUUGCGUAUUGCGGAACGUGAUUCCGUUAUUUGUGGUUGUCCGUCUUAACGCCGUGGAAUCUAUGGUUGCAAUUGUGUCACUCGACGAUUGUUUACUAUUUUGGGAAAUAUUAAAAGUUUGUUGUGCUUUUUAUUAAUCAUACAGUCGUAUAAUUAAUAGAUAACUACCGGUGGACUGCAGUGUUAAAGUUCUGGAUACAAAUCUCGUGAUAAUUCUAGACAUGUCAUCAUUUCAUAUUAGGAGGUGUUUACGUGAUGAUAUAAAAUGUUUGGUGUGCUAAAUAGUGAUUAUAUUUUGUGAUUAUGUGAUAAAAAGUGUGUUACAUGCUGAAUAUCAAUGUGACGACAACAAGUUCGUGCGCUUGUGCGUGGGGCCAGGCGGGCGGCCCCGGCUCUGGGUGCGCGGGCGCAGCUUCUACGCGGCGCACACGAUGCGCUCCGGCGUUGUGCGCUGGCGAUGUACCAUGGGCGGCUGUGGCUGCAAGGCCUACACCCAGAAAGGAACCCUUCACAAGCUGGUCGGCGAGCACAACCACGCCGGUCGCUGUGGCCGACGCCCGCCAAACAUUCCCGCUGCUCAACUUACUGCCUCCAUUUCAGCUCCUCCCUCAUCGUCCUCUUCCUCCCCUCCCACUCCCCUACUAGUUCCACGUCUGCCUAAUUUUGACCCCAAUGCUUGGAUAGUACGUUAUUAGUACUAUCUCGUAGAAAAUUGUUUUAGCUUCAUAUCAAGAAAGUAGCAAUCAGUUCCGACUCGUGGAACUCGUAUUAGCUUUCAUUUGCAUUCUGUGUUAGAGAGAAAAUGAUUUUUUAUAGGGUUCUACAUGUACAUGUAUAGAAAAAUGUAGGACAAGACACAAUUCAAUAGAAUUGAUAGUAGUGGUCUUGAGUAGUACUAAGUGUGAUCUCGUUAUUUGAGCUCAAAUGUGCCAUAGAAAACAAGUACAACGUUUUGUUACUUACUAAAAUUGUGAUAAUAAGCUCAUACAAGUUAUAUUAACUAUGAUCUCAACUCGCUCUUAGGAUAUGCCAAAUAUGUUGAAUUUUAUAAUUGUGCGUAGAAGGUUGUUUACGAUAGAUACUGUUCUUUUAAAGUAUCAAUUACCUCAUAUAAAAUAUACUACGUUUAGAUAAUUAUUAUAGUACUUAGGUAAUAAGAACGAGUCAGAUUCUCUAGUCUUCCCUAUUUUUAUUCUGUUGUUGUUGCUGUUGUUGUUUAUAACCAUUUCAUUUUUACGGAUAUUGCUCAUCGUCGACGAAUGCCAAAGGCUUGUGCCAAAUUUUCCUGCUCAUGAGAAUUGUUGCUCUAACCAAAAGAAAUGUUUUAUAUGUUUUAUUUUUAUUGUACCCAUAUAGACGGAAAAAAACUUAAUACAUUCCUACAUUUAAUUGUAAAUAUAGAAAUAAUUACAAGCGUGACAUUAAUCGUAAUGGUAAAUUGAAUUAUGAAAAUUAAAGAAAUUUAUUGUCA